GGGCGUGGCUCGCUGCCGUGCCCGGCGCUGCGGGGCCGCGCCGAGGCGCAGGCGGAGGAGGCGGUAGCGCUGCGUGGAGCCCGGCGCGGCUCGCCCGCCCACCGGCACCCGCAGCCAUCUUGAAACCAUGUGGAAAUGGGGUAGUGGAGAUGAUUCUCCUUCCAAAGCAGUAGCUGCGGGCUCACAAGAUGCAAGAAGCAUGUCGGUGACGGAUUUGACUGAACAGCUGGCAAGUACUGAGCAGCUGGUAAUACAGCUAAAGGAGCUUGUUCGAGAGAAGGAUGCUGAGCUUCGAAAUAAAGACCAUCAGUUAAAGGAGGAGAAGGAAUCUGCUGAUGCCAAACUUUCCAAAGUGAAGCUGCAAAACAAAGCCAAGGUUGCAUCGCUAACCUCACAACUGGAAGAACUUAAGAAACAGUUGUCAGCAUCAGGAGGCUCAGAGGAAAAAGCAGAACCAAAAAAGGCAUCAAGAGAUGGUGACCAGGAAAAUGCUGCAGCAAACCGUGGGAAAAUAUUGGUGCUGAGAAAGAGAAUUGAAGAACUGGAAUCCCAGAUCACACAAAAAAAUGAAGAGUUACAAAAAAAGGAUGCUGAAUUGGAGGCUCAGCGCUAUCGGGGGACUGAAAUGGAUGCCAUGCUGGCAGAGAAAGAAAAGAAGUUAGCUGAAAGAGAUGCCUAUAUCAUCGAUUUACAGAUAGCAUGUGGAUCAGGUGGUGCUAACAAUGAAGUACUCUUGCCCACUGAAGAGCUGAAGAACGAACUAUCCAUUAAAGAAUCAUCCCUACAAAGCAUGGAGAUUCUUGUUCAGCAACUUAACAAGAAGGUUGGAGACAGUGAAGAAAAAUGCAGCUUGUUCCAGGAAGAGAUUGAGAGUCUUAAAAAUGUGCAGAGCAAUGAAAGAGAACGUUUCCAAAAGAUGGAAGCCACAUAUAUAGAAAAUGUACAUGUGCUUCAAAAUAUAAUUCAUGAAAAGGAAAAAGAGCUGGAAGCACAGGGGAAAAAGCAUGAGCAGGAGCUCUUUAAAUUAGCUGCUAAAUCUGAUGCAAGUGCUGACUUGGAACAGCUAUUGAAGGCCUUGAAACAGAAGCUCCACGAAAAGGAAGAAGUCAUGCUGGGAAGAACACAGGUGAUAGAUGUGCUGCAAAAAGAACUGGAUGCCAAGGACCAGGAAUUAAAAGAGAUUACUGAAAACAUGAAACGUCUGCAGUCUGAAAAAGAAAACCUCCAGUCCAAACUGGAUGCUGAGAGGCAUGUAUUGAGGGCACAGAUAAAAGACAUGAUGGAGAAACACAUGCUUGAAAUGACAAAAGUCAGGGAGAAACACAAUGCUGAGCUGCAUGAAAUUCAAGAGAAACAUGAAACUGAGCUGCAAGAGAAAGACCAGGCUCUGUUUCAGCUUAAGAAACAAGUGGCAGAAUUAACUGGUAGUGGGCAGACUAACUCAAAAGAUGUUGCAGAUCUGGAAUCUACAUCCAAAGAGAAGAUGGAAGAAUUAGAAGUACAAUUGAAAUUGAAGACAGAAGAGGCCAGCAAAUCUGAAGCUAAGUUUCUGAAAAUGAAGGCUUGGUCUAAAUCAAGAAUCAAACAAUUGGAAGAUGAGCUGAAAAAUUUUUCAUCGAAGAAUAAUGAUCUGUCAGCCUUGAACAAUCGUGUGUCAGAAUUAGAAGCUGAAAAAGAAGAACUGGAAUUAAAACUGCAAUCAUUACAAGAAAUCAGAACUCAGAACGAAGAAUUGCUGGCUAAGCUAGAAAUCUAUGAAGAGCAGCAAAGGAAGUUGCAAGCUGAUCUUGACCAAGUUACAAAGAGAGCAGCUUCACAGGCUAGUGAAUCUGGUAGUGUGGAUGAAUUGCAGAAUCAGCUCUUAGAAUGGCAAGAAAAUGCACCAGAAUCAGAGGAGUCGCGUGAUCGAGUCAGAGAAGAGAAAUCUGCUAUGGCCUUGAGAAUGGCUCAGAUUGAGGAGGAGAGAGAAGCCAUAGUCUCAGGGCAACAGGAGCUGGAGGAGGAACUGACCACAGUUCAAGGAAUGGGCAGGCUGGAUCAGGCGGGAAGAAAAAGUAAUCAGAACAACAGGAAUCUUCAGGAAGAGUACAGCUUUGAUAGAAAACAAUGCUUUCAAGAAGCAUUGAAUGUCACCCUGGAUAGCACUGAUUCAGCUGAAGGAGAAAAUAUGGGAGGUUGGUGGCCAGAAUACACUUCACCUAAUGCAGGCUUACGGAGUGUAGUUGAAGAGUUGGAAUUGGAAAGAAAUCAACUGCAGGAACAAAUUCUGUUUCUAGAAGAACGAUGUCAGGAUUUGGAAGAUAGAUUGCAGCUUCAAGGUAGAAUGGAAACUCUUCAGAAUGAAAAUGAACGUUUUCAAAGUCAGCUCACCCAGUUACGCAAUCAACAGAUUCGAGAUGCCGAAAAGCAUCAAAUUCUGAUCUCCGGAUUGAAUGAGCAGCUGAAAGGGUUGAGCGACCGAAAUAGUUUCCUUGAAACUUCACUUGGAGAAAAAGAAGAAAAACUGCUAAGCUUAACAGAAAAACUAGAACAAAUUGAAACUUUGAGAAAACUGCUUCAAGAAAGGGAUCUGUUGAACAAAGAGCUGGGAGAGAAGUUUGUGCAUAGUGAACAAAACCUGAAAGAAGCCUUAAAGAAAUGCAGUGUGUAUGAAGUGGAGAACGCUGAGCAGAAAAAAGUCAUCAGUGAUCUAACGGAAAAAGUUGCUACACUGAAGGAAAAGACUUUGAAACAAGAUGAUAUGGUGGAAUCAAUGCAGCUGGAUCUUGACCAGGCAAAUGAGGAACUUGACAAAUUGAAUACGAGCCAUUUAGAGGAACGAUCUCAACUUAUUCAAGAUCUCCAGAAACGUGAAAGAGAAAUUGAUCAUCUUAAAGAAGCACUGGCAGAAAAAGAGAGGGAGUUAUCUGCCUUGUCUUUGAAUAUGACAGAAUAUUCAGAACAAGUUAUCAUUCUGAAGCAUCAAGUGCAAUGCAAAAAUGAAGAAAUACGGGGGAUAGAAGAGGCUUUAUCGAAGGCUGAAAGGGAGGCUGAUUUACUGAAAGAAGUACAAACAGCUGAUGUAAGAGAUACAAGUGUGAAAAUAUCUGUCCUUUCUGAGAAGAGUAAUACAAUGAGACUAGAACUGGAAAGAAUUAGAGUUGAAAAUGAAGCUAAAACUAAAGAAAAUGAGGAACUGAUAAGACAAAUCAGUGAGUACAGCAUUACAGUUAAGGAUCUCCGUUCUGAAAUCAAGGCCAAUCAUGUUGCAUACCAUAACAAUCUUAUGGAGUGUGAGUCACAAAUUACUUUGCUGAAAGAACAAAUUAGCAAAUCAUCUGAAAAGCUACAAGAAACUGAGAAUAAACAAAGAAAAGAAGCUGAAUAUUUGAAAUCUCAGAUUGAGGAAAAUAACACUCUGAAAGAACAAUGGAACAGUUUGCUUAAAGAGAAAGAGAAUAAAGAACAGACUCUUGAAAAUGAGUUAAAAUCUAUUAAAGAUUCAUACAACAAACUAGUUUUGGAAGAUGCUAAAAAAGAUGAAGAGUUGGCUCAGUUAUCUAGGAAGCUCACAGAACGUACUGAACACCAGGAAACAAUUAAAAAAGAAUUACAGGAGAAACAAGAGAUCAUUGUUUCAUUAGAUAAGAAGCUUGAGUUUUUGGAGCAACAAAAUGAAGAGACCAAACUUAAAUUAACUGAAGAUCUUAAAGCCAAAGAGACAUGUUGUGAAGAGCUUAGUAACCAAUUAAGUGAAAUACAGAAACAAAUUAACAAGAUGGAAAUAGAGACACAGGAGAAAGCUUCAGCUAAUAAGCAGUUGCAGGCAGAUCUUGAGGGGAAAGAAACAAAAUUGGCAGAGCAAGUGAAAGCAAAUGAACAUCUGAAAAAAAGUAUAGGUAAAGUGAAAAAAGAGAAGCAACAGUUAGUCAGUGAAAAUGAGAAUUUGUCCAAACUUCUGGAUGUGAAGGAAUGUGAAUUAUUAAAGAAAAUCCAGGCUGUAGCAGAAAUGGAAAGCAAGUUAUCUGUUAGCGAUGCUGAAUACCAAAAAACUCUUUCAGUUCUAAACAGUGAAAAAACCACUCUAGCAAAAGAGAUUGAACAACUCUCAAUAGCUGCAAAGCAAAAAGAAAAUUCAGUUGCAGAACAGCUGCAGAAGAAAACAAAGGAAUGCAAUGUGUUAGCUGGUCAGUUGUCUGAAAGCAAGGAACAAGCACAACAGUUGAGUGAACAAAUGCAAUCAGUUCUCAUUCAACUGAAGGAUGCUACAGACAAAGAAACAAAGAAAGAAGAAAUGUUAAAUAGUAAGUUAUCUGAAUGUAGUACCCUAAUACAAGAGCUCAGCCAGAGUAAGGAAAAUAAUUUACUGCUGCAAGAGCAAGUUCAAAGAUUAGCUUUGGAUUUUGAAGCUAAGAGCAAGAGUCUAGAAGAAAAAAUCCUUCAAUGUGAUUCACUGCAUAAGGAAAUUGAAGACAGCAAAUCUUAUAUUGUAGAGUUGCAGGAAGAAAUUAAAAAUCUUAAAGAGGACAAAACAAAGUUAUCUCAGUGGGUAGAAGAAAGAGACCUGACUCUAAAAAGUCAGGGUUCAGAACUUGAAAAGUUUCGUAAGCAGGUUUCUGACAAAAUUGAAGAAAGUUCAGUGUUAAAUAAUCAGCUACAGCAAGUAAGCAAAGAAGUGACUGAGCUUAAGCAUAAAAAGGAGGACCUUUCAAACCUAUUGAGCAAGAAGUCACAUGAAUAUGAAAUUCUUCAGUUACAGUUGGUACAGCAACAAUCUGAUACUACUUCUGCAAGGCAACUAGCACACACAGCAGCUCUAGAAAAUGAAAAAUUGAAAGUAGAAAUUGAAAACCUUAAUGGAAUGAUAAUGAAAAAAUCAGAAGAAAUAGCUACUUUAACUUCACACUUGUCCCAACAGAGUCAUAGUAUUUUAGCUCUGAAGGACCAAAUUGAUGGCCUCGUGGUUGAAAAAGAAAACCUAAAAACUCUCGUGGAAAGGAAAGAGAUUCUUAUUUCUGAGAAGGAUGUUUUGCUACAACAAAUAAAGGAUAGUAAAAUGGCAGGAGAAGGGCAAUAUUUGCAAGUCAUUUCAGAUCUGCAAAACCAAAUACAAACCCUAGGUUUUGAAGCCAGCCAGCUUAAACAGACAAUGCAGGAAAAAGAAAAUGAAUGUAAGAAGCAAGCUCAAGAAUUAAAGUUACUAAAAGAUAAAUCUGAAGAGUCUGAUAUACUUAGGGUUCAACUGUCUGAGAAUAUGGAGGUUAUUUCUGACCUUCAGUAUCAACUUAGAAAUUUGACAGAAAAAGCAGCAGAGUUGAAUGAUUCAAUUGCACAGAAGGAUGAAUGUUUAAAACAAAAGAUAGAUGAAUAUGUUAGUUUAAAAGCAUGCCUUUCUGAUGUACAGGAAUCAUCCAUUUUGCAGCAGAAACAGUUAGAACUUUUAACUUCAGAAGCAGAACAAUUAAAAGUACUUGUUUCAGAGAAAGAUUUAACUGUAAAUAAUAUUUCAUUAUUCAGUGAGAACUUAAAGAUGCAACUUCAAGAAAAGGAGAAUGAAUGUGUUGUCUUAAGGAAACAGGUAGUGGAGCUGGAGGAAGUAAAAGUGAAUUUACAAAAAGAAGUACAACAUCAGAAGAACGUAAUAAUAGAAAAGGAUCAGUCCUUAUCAGAAAACAAAUCCUCUCUUACAGAAAAUAAAACUCUUCUCAAUGCUCUGAAGGAGAAAGCACAGGAAGAUGAAGAGAAGAUAAAUUUAAUCUCUCAGCUCCAAAGUCAAGUACAUGUACUAACACAAGAACUACAAAAAUCUAAGGAACUAAUCCAGGAGAAAGAAGAUGCCUUUUUGUCUCUUCAGGAAAAAAUUGAAGCACAGUAUGAACUAAGAACAGAGUUUAAUGCAGCUCUUAAUAAAAAAGAAGAAGUUAUUGCUGAACUGCAUAAUUCUGUGAAGGAGAAGGAUUCCAGUCUACAGUUGGCAAAUAAGAACAUAAGUGUUCUCUCUAAUGAGAUUGAGAUUCUCAAAGAAGAAUUAGAAAAAAGCGGUGCAGCUAUGAAAAACCUUACUAAGGAAUUUCAGGAGAAAAAUGAAAGCUUUAAUAUUAAUCAGAAGAAAGUCGAUUCUUUGACAGUUGAGCUUCAGACUGUGAAAAGUGAACACUGUAAAGCACUAAACCAAAUAAGUACAUGUAAACAAGAAUUACAGCAAAAAGAAUUGGCUGUAGAGUCUCUGUGUUUGACUUGCACUGAACAGGCAGAUAAUAUAGCAUGUCUAAAGUUGGAGUUGAAUAAUGUAAAUUCCAAAUCAUCUCAAGACAGCCACGAAAGUGCACUUUUAAUAGGUAGUCUGCAGCACCAAGUAGAGGCUUUAGUGAAUGAAAAAAAUAUGCUACAAGAAGAUGCUGCUAAACUUAUGGCUGAAAACACACAACUUGUUGCAUCUCAAAAUCAUUUGGAAAAGAAAUUGGAAGAGCUCCAAGAAAUGAAUGGAAAACUAGAAGCCAGUGAGAAUUACUCAAGAAUGCAGAUAGAUGCUGUCCAACUGCAGAUGAAGACUGAAAAAGAGAAGUUACAGAUGCAGGUUAGUGCGAAGGGUGAAGAACUUUCUAAAUUAGAACUUAAAUUUGAAAAUCUAGAGCAAAGUCUUCUUGAGUCAGAAAACAAAUGGGUGACAGAACUUGAUAGGGCAACUUUAGAAAUUAAAAAUCUUACUGAACAAUUGAACUGUUUAGAAAGUGAAAUGAAAUCCAAGGAUAGCAAAAUCCAGUCUUUACAGGAGGAACUGGAUCUUACCAAAGAGCAAAUAACUCAAAGCUUAUCUCAUUUACUUAAUAGUAGGCUUUUAUGUAAAGAAAAGAAUGCAAAGACUUCAGAUUCCCAACUGCAGCUAACUGAUGGUAAAAUACAAUUGGAAAAAUUCUCCACUCUGAUAUCUACUAUUUUAAGCAAAGAAGUAGAAAGAGAACAAUUGCAGCUGGUUCUUUUAGAAAAACAGAAAGAAAUAGAUGUCAUAAAAGAUGAAUUAAAAAAUAUGCAGUCACUUGAGAAAGAGAAGGAGUUGCUACAGAAUGAUAUUGAUAAAAUGAAGGGUACCUAUGAGUCUGAAAUUGAAUGCCUAUCACAAGAAAUGAUUGCUGUCAAGGAAACUUUAUGUAAACAAGAAUCUCUUUUGCAAGAAAAGAAUAGGCAGAUUGAAUUUCUUCAGGACAAGAUAAAUAAAUCAGAAGAAGUAGUAAGGACCAGUCAAGAAAAACUGCAUGUUGACGGCAAAAAAGUAGCAAGUCUCCUUGAAGAUAUGGGAAGAAAAGAUCAACUCAUAGAAGACUUAACUUCACAAGUAAAUCAGCAAAAGGAUUUAAUUUCUGGUCUAAGCCAGCAAAUGAAAGAAAAGGACUGUUCUGUUACCCAGGUCAUGGAAUCAUUGUCUAGUGAAAUGCUGAAUUUUUCUGAAGAGAGGAAUACAUUAAACAGCAAACUGCAGGCUCUUGAGUCUGCUCAUAAUCAUUCCAUAGGAGAACUAAAUCGAGUGUUGCAGGAACUUGAGGACUGUAAGAAAGAGCUGGAAUGUAGUCAGGUUGUAUUAAGCAACAGAGAAGCUGUUUUUAAAGAUUUAAUGAAAGAAAAGGAGGAGAUGUAUCUUAAUCUUGAGAAACUUGGCAAGGAAAAAGAGAAUCUGAAGAAGAAACUUCAAGCAGCAUUGAUAAUAAGAAGAGAUCUAAUGCAAAAAGUCGCAAAACUAGAGAAGAGUGGGCAGGAAGAAAUGGAGAAAGAGAAAGGAAAAAGAGAGGGGUUGUUGAAGAAAGUUGAGGAGUUAACGGACAAGCUGAAACUAGCUGAAGAUCAAAAUAUAGAUAUUGAGACCUAUCUUGGAACUCUGAAGCAACAGCUUAGAGAAAAAGAUGUCAAAAUAAGUGACUUGAAUGAUAUCUUGUUGGCAAAGGCCACUUAUAUAGAGGAACUUCAGGCCAAUAUUGCAAAACUAAAUGAUGUCAUUGCUGAAAAACAAAUUAUCUGUGAGCAGAACCUAAAAUCUUUAGAGGAAAAGGAUAACAUGCUUGCUCAUAUGCAAACUAUGCUUGAUGAAAAAGUAAGAGCGUAUGAAGAGAAACAUUCACAGCUCUUAAUAGCUCUUGAAAUGAUAAACUCUGAAGUUAAGGAGGAGGAAUUGUUGAAAAAUUCCAGUUCUGAAAAGCUCAGUGCCAGGGACAAGAGAAAGUGUUUGGACUCUAACAAUGAAACUAAUGUAAUUCAGUUAGAAAAAGAAGACUUGCAGAGAGAUCUUUUGGUCAGGGAAGAAGAUGUAAGAAAAUUUCAGAAAGAGGGGACAGAGGACACUAAACUUACAGCAGAUUUUGAUGAACAAACACACUUGAAGAAUGUCAAACUAGAGCAUAAAGCUCUCUGGGAAGAUCUUCAAAGAAAAUUUAAAGAGUUUGGCUUGAAUCAAUUAGAAAAACAUCUUGGGAAGGAGCUUGUCUCUCCUAAGACAGGAGAAGAAGAAAGUGACCUAAAGAAUUUGGAAUCCAACAAAUCAAGAAACAAGGUUCAGGCUGCAUCCUUUAAAGAGUCAGAAAACCUAAUCACUUCGGUGACAAGUAAAGAUACUGAAUUAGAAGAACUAAGAGACAAUUAUGUAAAGCUUCGGGAGGAAACAGAAAUGUUGAAGGAAGAGCUGAGAAAAAUAUUAGUUGAAUUUGGUGGUGGUGGAAUAAAAGCAGUUGACUUAAACUCCAUGAUAGAACAGGAGCAGUACCAGGAACAAUGUAAAGAUAGCGUUUUGGAGGAUAUAAAGCAGCUACAGACAAAGCUGAAAACAUUCUUGACUGAAACUGCAGACAUGAAGAUGAUGCUGGAACGUGUAAAUAAUGAGAAAGAAACACUUGUUAAAAAAAAUGAGGAGGAUUACAGGAUGAGCCAGGAGAAGCUGCAGAAACUGAGAAAGGAAGCUAACAAGGAAAUUGCAGAAAAGAAUGAGGAAAUAGAAGCUUUGCAUUCUUCACUUAAAGAUUUUAAGGAGAAACUUGAUCUUGAAAAGGAAUUGUUAAAAGAAGCUCUAAAGGACGGCCAAGAAGAAAUCCACCGUUACAAAGCAGCACUUGAAAAAAUAAAGAAUGAAAAAGAGGAGCUUGUUCAUCAUUUAGAGGAGUCCAAUUUGAAACUAAUCAAUAAGAAAAGGGAGUUAAAGCAUGUCAAUGAAGAAAACAAAAAGCUUCUGACAGAACUUUGUUUGCUACGUGAGAAGGCUGAGAUAAGUACUCCUGUAGUGUCAUGCAAAGAGUUUGAAGAAGAAAAUGGUACUGAAAAAGAACUGGUAGAAUUUUGUUCAGAAGGUGGUUCUCUUCAAGGAAAAUUACAAAGUAAAGGCACCUCUUUUCAACUAUCUAAGACUGGUUACUCUGGGAAAACUACUCUGAAAGAAGCAGCGGACUAUAAAACCCAGAAAGAAAUGGAAAUUGUUCAGGAGCCACUUUCAAAAACUGUUAACGUAGGUGAUUCUAAACCAGAAGGACAAAGGACUAUAGCAGAAGAGAAGUCCAAAGACCACCUUCAAAGAAAAUUACAAGCAGCUUUAAUAUCGCGUAAAGAAGCUCUGAGAGAAAAUAAAUAUCUAAAAGACCAGAUUGAUAAGCUAUUACUGGAAAGAGAGGAACUGGUGAACAAGACAAGUACGCUUGAACGCUUGUUGUUAGAGCUUGGUAGAGAAAAGCAAAGUUCAAAUACUGUUUCUGUAUUGUCUGAAGAGGAGAGCCUUGUUUCUGAAAAUGCUAGACUGUUGGCUGAAAAUGAAAACCUCACUGCUGCAUGUGAAAGUCUUAAAUCUACGAUGGAGACAAUAGUUCAGGAAAAAGAGGCCUUUUCUUUCCAGCUAAAUACCUUAAAAGAUUCUCAGACAGUUGAAUUAACAGGUUGGAAGGCUAAACACAGUGAAUUAAAGCAAGAGUAUGAAUCCCUCCUUCAGGCUUAUGAGAAUAUCAGUAGUAAAAUAGCAGAUAUGAGGCAAGUUAUUGAUGUCACUAGAAAAGAGAAACAAGAGGCUAUUCAGAGACUCAGGGAAGGGGAAUCAGAGAAGGAGGCUCUUGAGAAACAGUUUCAGAAACUCACUGAUGAAAAUGAAGUGAUUAAGGAUCAGCUGAAAAAACUCAGUGAAUCCAGGAAGUUGGAAGUUGAUGAAUUACAGAGUAAAGCAAAAAGGCAGAUAUGUGAACAAGAGGCAAGAAUGGAAGAACACCAGACUCGUCUUCAUGAACUCACUCAACAGAAUAAUCAGCUAAUGGAGGAAAAUGAACAGUUGAAACAAACUUCUGAAAAUUUAAAGCAGGCUUUAGAGAAAAUUCAGGAUGAAAAUGGCAUCCUUCAUAAUAACAUCGCUGUAACUAAAGCAGCUCUGGGAGACCUCCAAGUUAAAAUGGAAGUGUACCAAAAUGAUAUGCAAUCUAAAAUCAGAGAUGCGUUAUAUGAGAAUGAAUCAUUGUUAAAAGACAUUAAUGUUUUAAGAGAUAAACUCUCUGAAAAGGAACAAGAAAGAAAAUUAAUUUCAGAAAAAGUGAAAGAAACUGAAAAGUCUUUGGACCAUAAAAAUCAUUGUAUUACAAAGCUGAACAUGGAGUGUAAAAAUCUUACACGAGAAAUUGUUAGUCUAAAUGAAAAAGUUAAGAUUUUAGAAGAUGAUAAAUGUCUCUUACAAGAGGAAUUAGAAAAUGCACAAGAAAGUUCUUACAAAGUAAAGAAUGAGAGGGAAUUCCUUGAGACAGAAUUGCUUAAUCAUAUUAAAGAGGUUGAUCAUCUUACUGAUACAAUGAAAUCAGCACAAGUGCAGAAUAAUGUACUUUUACAGCAACUGGAAGAAUUAAAGGCAGAGAAGUGUAAUGUGAUUAGAGAAAAAGAAGAACAGCAGCUACAACUAGUAAAACUGUUUGAGGAGAAGGUGAAAUGUGCACAGAGAGAUAAUAGUGGAAAUAAAAACAGAACAAAAGAAUUACAAGAACUCUUAAAGGAGAAACAGCAGGAGAUCAACCAUUUGCAAAAGGAUUCUAUAAAAUUCCAGGAGCUGAUCCUGGAUUUGGAAAGGUCUGUGAAAUUGUCACAGUCAAAAAACGAAAAAUUUGAAAAAGAUUUAAGUAAUAUGUCAGAAAAGCUUACCAAAUCGAAUGAAGAAAUAUCCCAUCUCAAUGAAAAGCUGUCUUCACAGGUGAACUUGUUGGAUCAGUCAAAGAAAGAAGUAGACAGGCUUACAGCUGAGAAUCUGAAUUGGAGAAAUGAACUUAAGAGGAAAGAAGAUGAACUGGAAAUCCAGAAGAGAAAAUAUAUGACAGAACUGGAGCUAAAUUUUAAACAAUUAAAAUUGGUUCACAAAGGAGAAUUUUUGAACUUAGAGGAAAGACACAGUGCCCUUCAGAGAGAAAAAGAUAGGGCAAUUAGUGAGAUUCAAGGAUUGCAAGAAGAGGUUAGCUUUAAAGACUCUGAAAACAAGAAGCUUCAGGCAGAUUUGAAUGCAGCUUUGGCACGCUUAGCUGCUUUUGCAAAGUGUAUGUCCUCUCUUCAAAAUGACCGGGACAGGGUAAUCACUGAAAUGAAAACCUGGGAAACACAGUUCAAAGAGGCUAUCCAGAGUAAAGAGAUACAAAUAGAAAACAGUAAUAAAAGAAUAAUGUCCCUGCAAGAUGAAUUGAAAGACAAAAUGACUCAGAUUCAGGAACUGAAUAUCAAAUAUUCUGUGGGACAGGAAACAAAGGAUGAACUGUAUUUAAGGCAAAAAUCUGCUAAUAUACCAUGGCGUGAAGAGCUCCACAAAAUAAAGGAAGAAAAUGUACUUUUUUUUAAUAGGCAGCAAGAGUUGGAGAAUGCUCUGCAGUCAAAAGAAGAAGCUUUGCAAGCACUCCUGAAGGAAAAUAACUCUCUUAAUCAUCUUAUAGAGAAUAGUAAAAGUUCUGGAAGUGAGAUAAAAGUUCUGGAAAGUAAUUUUACAAGACAAGAACAAGAACUGCAAAACCUUCUUGCUGAAAAGGAAAAAAUUAAUGCUGAGUUGGAGAAGCAAAUUACCAUUUCUGAGCAAAUGAAAAUCAUGCUGAAUAAUAAGGAUAAAGAAAUUUCCUUACUCAUUUCUUCAAAAAGUGAUGGAAUUUCUGACUAUCUGAUUCAGGUACAGACUCAACAUAGAGAACAAAUCAAAGAAUAUGAGCGUCAGUUCCAUUCACUACAGAGAGAGAAAGAACAGUCUGAGGAGUGCUGUCAAAAGAUGGAAAAUGAACUGAGAAAUCUCCAGAUGAAAGCAGAUAAGGCAGGUCAAGAUAAGGCUGCAAUUGCCAGUGAACUAGAUGCUUUUAAAAAGUCAAUGUCAUCUCUUCAGAAUGAUCGCGAUGACCUUUUUUCAAAAUACAAAGAACUGGAGCAUCUUCACCAAAAUGUCAUUAGUCAACGAGACAAUCUUAUAGUCGGCAAUGCGAGUGAGAAUAAUGCUUUGAAACAAGAAUUAAGGGUACUACUUAAUCGGAUAGAUGAUCUUCAUUCUGAAAAUGCAAUGCUAAAUGCCCAGCUAAUAAAGUAUAGGGAAGAUCUUAACCAAGUUUUAUCUCUGAAAGAUCAUCAAUUAAAAGACUUACUUAAGCAAAAAUUAGAUUUCAUUAAAGGCCUUGAACAGGAAAAAUAUGAUCUUCAGAAACAAAUAAAAGAGGUGCAACUGUCCAGUCAACUGCAAAUGGAUACUGUUGUAUCUUUGGAACAUGAAAAUAAAAAAUUAGUAUCUAAAGUAAAUGAUUUAGAAUCUUUAAUUGCAUCAUUAAACAAAGAGAAACUUGUUUCUGAGUCUGGAGAGAAACUGUUAACUUGUGGUAGCAUUCAGAAAAAAAAAAGUGCAUCCAAUGGACUGUAUGGAGAAAAACUUCAGAAGACUGACAGUGUCCAGAAAUCACUAGGCAGAAAUACUAAGGAUGCAGAUGGGGAACACAGUAAGACAUUUCAGAAACUUGAGCAUGGAUAUGAACCCGAUGCUUUUACAGAAAUGAUAGUAGAAGUUCAAUCUCAGAAUAGAGAGCUGAGAUCCCAGAAUGAGGCCUUUGGCAAAGCAAUGACUGCUCUACAAAAUGAUAGAGAUAGGAUAAUAGAGGACUUAAAUAUACUUCAGAGCAAAUACACAUCAGAACUCAAGUCUGAAAAAAAGAAAGGAGUUGAACUUGAAGCUGAAUUUGGUAGCUUUAAAUCCCGUCUUGUCAGUAUACUCAAGGAAAAUGGUCUUCUGAAAAAGGUACUUUUUGAUCCUGCAAGUAUGGUUACAGUUGAUCAGAUUGCUGAUGAAAUUGAAAAUCUCUGUAGGACAUUUGUCACCCGUGAGCUGGAGAUUAGCAGGCUCUCAUCUGAAUGUGGGAAUUAUGUUCAGCAGAUUGAAGCAUUUUCCAAGGCUAUGGCCAGUCUUCAGGAUGACCGAGACAAAUUGCUGCAGGAACUCAGCAAGCAGAAGGUAGCUUCUGAAACUAAACAGGGGGGCACAGCUUCAUUUCCCAUUGCUUGCAACAGCAUCAAUGAUACAAAUUAUUUUAAAAGUAAUUUGGAUGUGCUUCAGAUUGAUAGGGAAAGAUUGGCUAAAGAAGGAGCCAGCCUUGCAACUGUUGAAAUAUCAAAACUGAAGGCCAAGGUUGAUGAUUUGGAGAAGGCAUUACAUCAGACAAAAGCCUUCCAAGCAGAAACUGAGAGAGAAAUUGCAUCAUACCAGAGUGAAAUUGCUGGAUUGAGGAUGGAAAAGAACCUCCUCCUCUCAGAGUCCCAAGCACUGCGAAAUCAAUAUCAAAUGACAAUUGCUGAGAAAGACCGUCAGAUUGCAGAACUGCAGAAGCUGCAAGAAGACAUAAUUGUUAAAAAAUCAAUCUCCACUGGCAACAUUUACCCAGUCAAGGCUUUAGAAACUGCCUCUCUUGCUGGAGGUGCAGACACCCCUGAGGAAGUCAAACAUGUUUUGGCUGAAAGGAAUCAGCUUCAGAAUGAGCUACAGCGCUGUCUUCAGGAGAUGCACCAGAAGGAUCUGCAUCUACAUCAGGUUAAUUCAAAGAAUCUGCAGUCAGCAGAAGAGAAUGCUGUGUUGUCUGCCCAGCUGAAAACUCUAUCUCAGACUCUAAGGGAUAACCAGCUUCGUUACACUGAUUUGCAGAAUCGUUAUUUAAGACUGGAGAGGGAAUAUCAAACAAUGCAGGUGACAUCCUUCCAGGGCACUGUUCAGGAUGAAGCUAGAGCAGAAGUUCCCCCUGGAGCACCACAGGAAAGAUCUGCAGUUAUUGUUGAAAUAGACAAUAUGGAGCUAAAUGAACUCAGAAAAAGGCUUGCAGACACUGAGCAACAAUAUGAUUCAGUGCAGCAGGCUCUCUCACAACUGACACAAACACUGGCAGAAGAAAAGAGAAGGAGAGAAGCUGCAGAAGAAGCUCUUGGACUCUCUGAAGAGCUAAGUAACAGAUUUGAAGUCAGUAGUUACAGGCCUGUACCUAGCGAAUACACUGUUCACAUGGAAACUGAGGGGGAAAGGGAAGCCUUAAUCAUCAAUCCUAGUGAACAUAUUACUGUAAGAAAGGUGAAAAGAGGAGCCCUCUCCUUCAGAAGAUGGCUUCGAGGACGAAGUCUUACCUGUUCUAAGCUGCUGACCUCCAGAGCAAAAUCCCGCUAUUUAUUCCUUACAUACCUGGUUACACUACAUCUUAUUGUUUUAUUGUGCCUCACUGGUGUUCUCUGAAUACACUGCAUUUUCUGAGUAAAUUAUUUUCUUAUAGGUAAUGGUGUGCCAAUUCAAGAUAAUAGAUUUUUCACAUGCUGCUGUUAAGCUAUGCACUGGACACAGUUGUAUAUAUUCUUGUUACACUAUAUGAAUCUUGAGCUUCUUGUAAGAAAUUUGUGUAUAUCACAGUUGUCCCAAAGUUGACUUGAAUUGCUCUUUAUCAGUGGGGUAUUAUAUUUGCUAAGGAGAAAAUAUUGCCCUCGUUUGCCCUAUAAAGAAACUGCUGCAUACUAGUUAUUUAAUAUUGCUUGUGAGUACAUAACGAAUGAUUACUUCUGAAUGGGUUGUAAAUGAUAUCUUUUCUAAAUAAAUUUUAUUUUAAGAGUUGAACUAUACAUUUUAAAGGAAUAUUCAGCUAUUACUGUUUAUUGGCUUCUUGGUUACAACAGGAAGUUCUACAAGAGUGCAAUAAAGAAAGAAGAACUGGA